AUGAGACGAGAGACGCUGGCCCUCACCUGGGCCCUAGCUGCCGUCCUGACGCUGCAGAGGCUGGCCGGGGCGAACCACUCCCCAAGGGCCCUGCGCAGCAAGGCUGGGGUGUUUGCGGACCUGAGCGCACAGGAGAUAAAGGCGGUUCGCAGCUUCCUCUGGUCCCAGAAGGAGCUGAGGCUGGAGCCCUCCAAGGCUCAGACCUUGGCCAAGAACUCGGUGUUCCUCAUUGAGAUGCUGCUGCCGAAGAAGCAGCAGGUGCUGAAAUUCCUGGACCACGGGCACAGGCGGCCCGUGCGGGAGGCGCGUGCUGUCAUCUUCUUCGGAUCCCAGGAGCAGCCCAAUGUCACCGAGUUUGCCGUGGGGCCCCUGCCCUGGCCCUACUACAUGCGCAAGCUGCCCCUCAGGCCGGGGCACCGCAUCUCCUGGGCUUCCAGGCCCAUCACCUCUGUGGAGUACGCCCUCCUGCACCGCGCCCUGCAGAAGGCCACCAAGCCCUUGCACCAGUUUUUCCUUGACACCACAGGCUUUUCCUUGCACGACUGCCAGAGCCGCUGCCUGACUUUCACGGACGUGGCCCCUCGCGGCUUGGCCUCGGGCCAGCGCCGCACCUGGUUCAUCCUGCAGCGCUCUGUGGAAGGCUUCUUCUUACACCCCACUGGGCUGGAGCUCCUCAUGGACCACGGCAGCACAGACGCCCAGGACUGGGUGGUGGAGCAGGUCUGGUACAAUGGAAAGUUCUACCAAAGCCCAGAAGAACUGGCUCAGAAGUACAAGGACGGAGAGGUGGACGUGGUGGUCCUGGAGGACCCGCUUCCCAAGGACCAGGAGGCAGAGAGCAUGGAGAGGCCGCCCCUCUUCUCGUCCUACCAGCCCCGAGGGGACUUCCCGAGCCCCAUCACCAGGAAGGGCCCCCACCUGGUGCAGCCCAACGGCCCCCGCUACAGGCUGGAGAGCAACGCCGUGCUCUACGGAGGCUGGCGCUUUGCCUUCAGGCUCCGCUCCUCCACGGGGCUGCAGAUCCUGGACGUGCACUUUGGCGGGGAGCGCAUCGCCUACGAGGUGAGCGUGCAGGAGGCCGUGGCCCUGUACGGAGGCCACACACCCGCGGGCAUGCAGACCAAUUACAUCGACGUGGGCUGGGGCCUGGGCACCGUCACCUAUGAGUUGGCCCCUGGCAUCGACUGCCCGGAGACGGCCACCUUCCUGGAUGCCCUCCACUACUACGACAUCGACGACCCCAUCCACUACUCCCGAGCCCUCUGCAUCUUCGAGAUGCCCACGGGGGUGCCCGUUCGGCGUCACUUCAACUCCAACUUCAGCGGCGGUUUCAACUUCUACGCGGGACUCGAGGGCCAGGUGCUGGUUGUGCGGACAACAUCCACGGUCUACAACUAUGACUACAUUUGGGACUUCAUCUUCUACCCCAACGGGGUGAUGGAGGCCAAGAUCCACGCCACCGGCUAUGUCCACGCCACCUUCUACACCCCCGAGGGGCAGCGCCACGGGACUCGCCUGCACACCCACCUGCUCGGCAACAUGCACACCCACUUGGUGCACUACCGCGUGGACCUGGACGUGGCAGGCACCAAGAAUAGUUUCCAGACCCUGCAGAUGAAGCUAGAAAACAUCACCAACCCCUGGAGCCCGAAACACCGGCUGGUCCAGCCGACUCUGGAGCGUAAGAGUCACCCCUCGGAGCGCCAGGCGGCCUUCCGCUUUGGGCGGACUCUGCCCAGGUACCUGCUCUUCACCAGCCCCCAGGAGAACCCCUGGGGCCACAAGCGCAGCUACCGCCUGCAGAUCCACUCCAUGGCCGACCAGGUGCUGCCCCCGGGCUGGCAGGAGGAGCAGGCUGUCACCUGGGCCAGGUACCCCCUGGCAGUGACCAAGUACCGGGAGUCUGAGCUGUGCAGCAGCAGCAUCUAUAACCAGAACGACCCCUGGGACCCGCCUGUGGUCUUCGAGGACUUUCUCCGCAACAAUGAGAACAUCGAAGAUGAGGAUUUGGUGGCCUGGGUGACGGUCGGCUUCCUACACAUCCCCCACUCAGAGGACAUCCCCAACACAACCACCCCGGGAAACUCCGUGGGCUUCCUGCUCCGCCCCUUCAACUUCUUCCGAGAGGACCCAUCCGUGGCAUCCAGAGACACCGUGAUCGUGUGGCCUCAGGACAGUGGCCCCAACUAUGUCCAGCGAUGGCUCCCUGAGGAGAGCAGGGUGUGCCUGGCGCCUACCCCCUUCAGCUACAACGGGACCUACACGCCUGUGUGA